AACGUAGCGAUUGGUUUGAUGUUCGCCUCGAAUGCUAUCAUCCAGCUGAUUGUCAAUCCGAUAGUCGGACCGAUUACAAAUAGAAUCGGUUACAGCAUACCGCUACUAACCGGGUUCAUCGUUUUGUUUGUUUCGACUAUGACUUUCGCUUUUGCUGACAGUUACACAGUGCUGUUGGUAGCUAGGACAGUUCAGGGUCUCGGCUCAUCUUGUUGUAGCGUGGCAGGGGCAGGCCUUUUAGCCACCAUCUACACAGACGAUAGAGAGAGAGGGAAUGCCAUUUCUAUUGCUCUAGGGGGCCUAGCUGUCGGGGCACUUGUCGGACCCGUGUAUGGUGGGGUGAUGUACGAGUUCUGUGGCAAGGAAGCUCCGUUCAUCAUACUGGCAGCUUUGACUCUCGCAUCAGCAGGUUUGGUUGUACUUGCAAUGAAACCAACUUUGAAAGCUGAAGACGUGAAGGGCAGUUCACUGAUUGAGCUACUUUCCGAUCCAUACAUACUCAUCACAGCUGUGUCCAUCUGUUUCGCAAACAUUGGCAUAGCAUUUCUUGAGACGGCCCUACCGAUUCACAUGGUGGAAGUCAUGGGAUCGUCCAAAUGGGAGCAAGGGAUCGCCUUCCUCCCCACCAGUGUCUCCUACCUCAUCGGGGCUUACCUCUUUGGCCCGUUGGGUCACAAGUUUGGCAGAUGGCUUUGUGCAAUGGCCGGCUCUGCCAUCAUUGGAACAUCUCUAUUUCUUAUUCCCAUAGGAACCCACAUUGGACAUUUGAUCGUUCCAAACGCUGUCCUGGGAUUUUCCAUUGGAAUGGUUGAUUCAUCAGUGUGGCCAAUCAUGGCUCAUCUGGUUGACAUACGUCACGUGCCCAUAUAUGGAAGUGUCUAUGCCAUUGCUGAAGUUGCUUACUGCUUGGGAUUUGCAAUCGGACCUGCCAUCAGCGGGCCGAUAAUAAUGCUCCUUGGAUUUAAGGGUCUAAUCUGGACGAUGGCGGUCAUCAACAUCUUAUACUCACCUGUCCAUUUCCUCCUCAGACAGCCCCCGACUAAAGAAGAACAGCAAGUGAGUGGAUGA